GUGCGCACUCCGUGCUUAUCUGAUUCCCUCGGCGACAGCAGCGAUGAAGAGGAUGCAUGCUUGGCCCGGCAGACAAGGACGAUUCAAGACUGGUCCUGCGGCAAGCAGGACUCUGCCGACAAGUAUGAGGCGUUCGGCUACGAUCUUCCUUUGAC